AUGCCUAUACGCCUUCUUCCGAAGCUCUUUCUCGAGGGCUUUCUCAAUCUUCAUAAGCGUUCUAUGUAUCGUGAGCCCACACCAGGCGCGAAACGGGCAAAAGAGGAGGAACGCGCUGGCGGAAACUCCCCACCGCUGCUCUUCAAGCCGCGCGUCGACGGCGUCGGGGUCCGCCGAUGGGCGGCAUACAUCAAUGGUCUGCACGGGCUCAACUACCUCCCAGACGACCGGCUGCAGCGCGGGCACAGCGAUGACGGAGCCUGUGGUGGCGUCCAUCGUCUGCAGCGCCCGAUGCUGCCAGCGGGGAUGUCGCUCAAGAGGGGCAAUCCGUCGCCGGUGUCGAACGCGAGCGGGGGCGGAGCCAUCCGGUCCGAUGCAAUCGUUGCAGCUUGGGUUGAGAGGAGUGGUCCGAUGUGUGGUUCUUCGAGUGAAUUGGAGUCCUUGAUGGUCUCGAAGGUGGAUCUACCAUUGUGUGGGCACAUGGACGUCAAGUGGCAGUGUACUGUGCAAGGCUGCAACCUCGAGGCGGAAGGGCGCACACAAGGACCCACAAAGACGAUCCGAUAG